AUGGGCCAAAUCCCGGGAUUCAACGACAUCAUCUUCCCCCCACAAUCCAUCCCCUUCCUGACCCUUGUUUCUAACUUGGGACUGGUCUUGUUUUUGUUCCUGGUCGGGUUGGAGUUGGACCCGACGUUGAUUCUGAAGAGAGCCAAGCAUGCGUUGGGGAUCUCGAUUGCGGGGUUGUUGGUCCCAUUUGUGUUUAGUUGUGGGGUUGCGGUGUUGUUGUAUAAGGAGUUUGAGAAGGGCCCCAUGGAGGGUGGUGCGAGUGAGGGAGCGCCAGCGACGCCGCCGCCUUUUGGACAGUUCUUGUUGACUUGUGGAGUUGCUAUGAGUCUUACUGCCUUCCCUGUCCUAGCCCGUAUCCUCGCGGAGAUGCAGCUGAUGAGCACAACAGUCGGGUUCAUUACCGUCUGCGCCGCAGCGGCCGGAGAUAUCGUCGGCUGGGUCUUGUUGGCCCUGUUGGUCAGUUUGAUCAACGCCACCACACCCAUUAUGCCGUUAUAUGUUGUCCUGAUGGCCAUUGGGUGGUGUAUCAUUCUGGUCUAUGCCGUCCGGCCUUUGCUUUUGUCUCUUGUUCGGCUCACCCAUUCGGAGGAGGAGCCUUCACAAAAGAUGAUUGCCAUCACGCUAAUGAUCGUGUUGACGAGCGCGUUUGUGACAAACAUGAUUGGAAUCCAUGCGAUCUUUGGCGGCUUCUUGGUCGGACUCCUCAUCCCACACGACUCGGGAUUCGCGGAGGGACUUACCCGGCGCAUUGAGGAUCUUGUCGGCGUCUACUUCCUUCCCAUCUUCUUUGCGUGCUCUGGAUUGAAAACACAAGUGUCUCUCCUCAACAACGGCCAAACCUGGGGACUCGUCAUCAUGGUAACCCUCAUCUCCUUCUUCGGUAAAAUGCUCGGUUGUGUCAGCGCGGCCCGCGCCAACGGUAUGACCUGGCGCGAAGCAUUCUCGAUCGGGUUCCUGAUGAACUGUAAGGGACUUGUUGAGUAUAUUAUCCUCAACAUUGGGCACGAUGCAGGCGUGAUUAGUGAUCGGGUGUUCGUGAUCCUGAUUGCGAUGUGUGUGUUGCUGACGAUGGUCUCGACGCCGUUUGUGGGGUACCUGUAUCCUGUUGCAUAUCAGAAGGAACUUGAGGUGAGGAGGGAGGCUGAGAGGAAGCAGGAGGCUAUUGCGUUGAAGCGGUCGUUGACGGGGGAUAGUGCGAAGCAUGAAAGUGUCAAGGUGAAGAAGGCCGGGUUCUUUGCGGGGAUUGCGAACAAGUUGAGGAGGAGAGGUGGAAAGGGCCAAGGACAUGGACGUCAGCAGUCUUCGAACAGGGGCGAUAAUAACCAUUUGGACGCGAUUGAUUCCAGGACCGACUAUGACGAUCUUAAGGACAUUCGUGUUGAUACUUCCGCCAGUUUGCAUGGAGAGGAAGCUCACGGAGACCACCAGCAGCCGGCAUGGAAACAGAGGAACGGGAUUAUGUUCUGUCUGGACAAGACGCCAAACGCUCCUGGAGUCAUGACGCUGUUGCAGUUGUUCUCAGGUACCGCGGUCCGCGGCGUGGCAGCGAUGACUAGCAACAAGGCUGACACCAAUUCGGCGACCAUCGCUGGGGGGAGUGACACCACCGAGGGCGGACGGAGUUCCAAGGACGAGAAGCUGAGAGUUGACCAGGAGGGAGGACGGUACAAAGGUGUCCUCCAACCGUCGAUCGAUAUCUCGGACCCCGAAGGCAACCGCACUAAGCUCCAGCACAAACAGCGACGACAAGAAGCCAUCGUCGAAUACGAGGUCAACUACUCCAAAAUCUAUGCCAUUCGACUCCUCCAUAUCUCGGAACGUACCUCGGCCGCUAUGUUGACCGCCUCCCGAUGCAUGGACCGGUUGUACAAGGAUACUGUCAUGAUGAUGGUUAUGGCUUUCGCAAAACUCAACUCUGUACCGCUAAAGCCCUUGGUUGCUAUCUCGACUGAUGCGGCGCAAUCGACAGUCGCACAGGAUAUCCUGGACAGGGCUGAGGACCUUAAUGUCGGAUGGAUCGUGUACCCCUGGAAUUCGUCUCACCUCACCGACUUGCCGUCCGCACAUCAGGCGGGACAACCUACAAGUGGAAACCACCUCCAGCCCGGGAUCAUGAUGUCGAUGGCCAACACCUCCGUCACCGCCGGAAGCGCCGUCUCUAUGCCCGGAACCCCUCUCGUUGCCACCCAUGACUUUGGUCAACCUGCCACCAGCGCCGGCGGUGGAAUGUUCUUUGGUUCCUCAGCCGCUCCCGAUACAUCUGUCGAAGCGCCACGCCAGUUCCCGUACAACGUCUCGAGGUACUUUGACCACGACGAGGCGCAAAAGAUUGCUUCUGGUGGACAUGUCGAUCUCUCUUCCAGUGGCCAGUCGCACAGGACCAGUAUUGCAUCGAAUACCAAAGUGCUUUCGAAAUUGAUCCGGUCCAGUGCAAAGUCCAACAUUUCGACAACGGUUUUGGUCGAUCGCGGGUUGGGGCUUUUUGGAGGGGUUGAGCAUUUGGUGGUGCCAUUGCUUGGUGGGCAGGAUGAUUAUGAGACGCUUUGUUUGGCGAGUUGCCUUGCGAGGAGUACGAGGUGCUUUGUUACUGUUCUGAGGGUCGCGAGUAGUUUGCCUGAGAGUGCUGGAGCGGGAGCAGGACAGGCGUACACAUUCCAGGCACUCAACCAGCAUCAUGCCCGUAACGGAUCCGCCACCAACGACCGCUCCGUCCCACCAACCCCCCACGCUGGACGCCACUCUGAAGAGCACUUCGAUGACCGUCCUCGCCAUCUCUCCCACCAAGGAGGAAUCGUCCCCAAGGACGACCCAACACUUUUCAAAAAAUUCUUCCCGUGCAAACCCCUCUUCCAAGGCGGCCAAACCCGGCACCAACAGCAGAUUCUCCAACGUAAUCGGUCUGCUGGUCGACUUGGCGAUGGGCCUCUGUUGGGUGCUGAGGGUGUGAUUGAGGAUGAUGAGAGACUGGAGGAUGAUGAUGAGAGGUGGGAUCUGGAGGAGGGGAUUAUGACGCUGUCGUUCCAAGAACUCAAUGAUGCCAUUCUUUGGGCGAGGUCUUGUCUGACAGCUCAGGAUCUGAUGGUGAUGGGUUUCGACUCGGCGGCGACCACUCCUAUCGGUGGCGGCGGUGGCGGUACUGGAGCUGGUGUCGGCUUGUUGUCAAGAACACCAUCCCAACAAGGCGUUGGCAGUCGCGGUAUGAACAGAGCAAUGUCGGACCUAACAUCCCGCGUCGCCUCUACCUCCUCCCCCGACGACGGAACCCAGUCCAACAUCACAACCGCAACCGAUAGCAUCCACAGGAUCCAUUCCCCACCCAUGUCCUCACCUUCGAUCCUCGAACGCCGCGGAAUCAACCUAUCCCCACCUUCCCGAUCGGACAGCCCCCACCAGAGCCGUCUCCAACCUCUCCAGGAUACCUCCUUCUUCGCAUCAUCCACAUCUGCAUUGUCGACACCCGGAUCGCAGGCCCAGGAAGGAGAUUCCCAAAGAAUAGGUCGCUCAGUGGAAAAAAAGAAAGCCGGAGGAUCUCGUCUUUUGAGCAGAUCACGAAGUCGUGGAGCGCGUUCGUCAUCCAGAGGUCGAAGACCUGAAACCCCAGGCGUCGUCUCCAAUCUUACCGCAGGCCUUGGAGGAAGCGCCCUGACGACGUGUCAAGUGAUGCUGGGCCUGGCCGCCGACAGGAUGAUCCAGUCAGGAGUCGUGUCAAGUUUGCUUGUCGUCAGAUCCCGCUGGUUCCUGGAACGGACCAAUCCUUCCUCUUCUCACCACCACUAUCACGCCGCGGCGGAUAUUCUGAACCAAUUCCGGUUCAAUACAUCCCAUAACCAGCAACAACCCUCACAAGAUCAACAACAACACAGGCGCGCCUCAAGCGACCAACAAGGUCAUCACUCCUCCCAGGAGCAGCAACAGCAAAAGCGGUUCUCUCUUUACCAUACCGCGCAGCAACAACACCACACCCGCAAGUUCUCACAGGAGAUGAUGCAGGAGCUUGUUGUGGAUGGGCAAGGAAGGUCUCCCACGAGUGGGGGCCUUGGUGUGAGUUCUGGAGCUGGAGGGGCGAGGGUGCCGGAUGUGACGUUUGUAGAUAUGUCGAGUGUUCCAGUGGAAGAUGCAGGUGGAGAGAGUGAGUUGCAGACGCCACGGAUGUCGGGCGAGUCUGUGUAA